AUAUGGCAGUCCACAGCAAUCGCUUGUUGUACCCGGACCCUCAUCUGCAUCAUCCGCUGUAGCUGCUAUUAUACCAAAACAAGAAGCAUAUGCGGAUACUACACCGACGCCACAUCAUAUGCAACCUACACAAAGUGGCAGCCAGGGUAGCUACUCAGUAGUGCAACUUGCUGAAUACAGUCCAUCCACCAGUAAAGGGCAUGAAAUACUCUCACAGGUAUAUCAACAAAGCGCCAUGCCACUAAAAUUAGUGCCUGUUAAGCCACGUAAAUAUCCCAACCGCCCAAGUAAAACACCAGUACAUGAGCGUCCCUAUGCCUGCCCAGUGGAAAAUUGCGACCGCCGUUUUUCCCGUUCCGACGAACUGACCCGCCAUAUACGCAUACAUACCGGUCAAAAACCUUUCCAAUGUCGCAUUUGUAUGCGUUCCUUUAGUCGAUCAGAUCAUUUAACAACACACAUACGCACACACACCGGUGAAAAACCUUUCUCCUGCGAUAUUUGCGGACGUAAAUUUGCGCGUUCCGAUGAGAAGAAAAGGCAUGCCAAAGUGCAUCUGAAACAACGCAUCAAGAAAGAAUCUAAACUAAGUCAACAACAGCAGCAACAAGCAGCUGCUGCAGCGGCGGCGGCAGCACAACAGCAGCAACAACAACAACAUCACCACCAUCACCAUCAUCAACAGCAACAGGCAGCACAUCAUAUGCUUCACUCAGCUGAUAUUUCCAUAGUAACAUCCAGUGCGACUAGUUUGUAGGUCGAGG